AUUAUACAGCGUAUCGCGCAUGAUUUGUACCCCGGCGGAUGACUGGAGCUGAAGCUGGAUGAAUCGAGUCUAGGGUCUAGACUAGACUCCAUUCGUUUAUUUCAAGAAGUUGAUAAAUGGAUUAAAUGCAAAAUGGAUCAACUUCAACGGGCAGAAAUCACUCUUCUUCAAAGUUUACAGCAAACUUUUCCCGAUCUUGAGACGCCGAUGUUAGCCAUAUCUCGUUUUGGAGCCCCACGAAAUGCCUUUCUUCUGUGUUUCCCAAUUGCAUUUUGUUUUUUCGGCGCCAGAUCGGGAUUGCAAGUUUUGUGGGUUGCCGUGAUAUCUGAAUGGCUGAAUUCUGUGCUGAAAUGGUUGAUGAUAGGACAGCGUCCCUAUUGGUGGGUCAUGGAGAGUAAUGUUUACACUGGUGAAGAACGUCCAUUCCUGAAACAGUUCAAGAUAACUUGUGAAACAGGACCAGGUUGUCCUUCAGGCCAUGCUAUGGUCGCAGCAUCUGUUUGGUUUGUCUUUGUGGCAUCCCUCAAUGAAUACAUCAUGUCUGAGGUGAGGAGUGUCCAACGUGCCAAGAAAGCGACCAGGAUCACCUGGACAAUCUAUAGCCUUUUUAUAGUGCUUGUGUGUGUUUCCAGGGUCUACACUGCAACUCACUUCCCUCAUCAAGUUAUCCUGGGUGCAUUAACUGGAAUAAUAGUGGCAGCAGAGACCAGAAAAUUAUCUGUGGAAAACUAUGGAUUUGGUUCCUACUUUCUAGGAGGAUUGUUCGUCCUUGUUUCAAUCUUCUUAGAAUACUACCUGAUAAGUCUCGUUGGUCUUGAUCCUGGCUGGUCUAUGAAACUUGCUUUAAAACGCUGUGUGUAUCGGGAAUGGGUUCACAUGGACACCACGCUCUUCUAUGCUAUUUCCAGGGACGUUGGUGCGUUCUUCUUCGCUGGAAUGAUGUGCAGUUGCUUGACGGUGAAGUAUGAUCGGGUGAGGGGGCAGUUUGCAAAGAAACUGACUGCAACUCUCUUAACUGUAGCUGCUGCACACGUCAUAGAGAGCAUGUACGUUCCCAGGGGAUAUGUCAUAUUGUUCUACAUAUUAGGUGCAUUAAAAUAUGGACUAGUGUCAAUCAGUACUGUCGGACUCAACCAAGCUGUAUCCAGUUACGGUAGUCAAAACCAGAAUUUAUGACAGCUGUAAGUAGCAGUUUGGCCUUUGUUGAAUUAAUUACCAUUUGUUCGUUGUGAUUUGGGAACUUUGCCUUUUUAUAUUGUUCAAAUAUCUUUGGUUUUCUGUAUAUGGUUUAAUGUUAAAGUUAUUUCUAUGUUUGGUCAAUGGAGCUGCAAUUAGGAUAUUCAUGGAGAGAAAAAAA